CCCUUUUUUCUUUUAUCGCUGCAUAUACAUUCUUCCUUUUGAUAUACAAUUGGUCACUGCUUUUGAUAUGACGGAUGGCUAUACUCUAUUUGCAUCCAGUAUAGCCGCUCUUACAGCAAGAAUAUGUACUCAUCCAAUUGAUACUAUCAAAACAAGGCUACAAGCAACUCAUCAACCAAAAUUACAAGGACAAUCUUACGUACAAUGGAUGAUAAGGAUCAUCAAUCAAGGCAGUAUAUCAUCGUCAAAAUGGAGAGUGGCUCGUCAGUUAUAUAGCGGCUUACCAGUCACCUUGAUCUUCUCUGUGCCAGCACUUUCAGUCUAUUUAUCCUGUUACGAAUCCAGUAAACAAUAUUUGGAUUAUAAUGGUAUAGCAAGACAUGACCAUCUCGGUAAUCAUAUGAUAUCUGGGGCAAUGGCGGAAAUAAUGGCAGGCACAUUAUUUACACCUAUGGAAGUUCUCAAAAACCAAUUACAAACCUCUACUUUGACAGCUCGACAAUUAACACAACGGAUUUAUCAACAAGAAGGACUUGGGGGAUUCUUUCGAGGCUACUGGAUGGGCUUGAUUGUGUUUUUACCUCAUACCAUGAUCUACUUUGCAACUUACGAACAUUUGAAAUCGAAAAUGAUCAAGGAUGGAAAUAAUAAUAAUAAUAAAUGGACUUAUUAUCUUUUUGCUUCUAGUAUGGCAAGUUUCAUCAGCAGUGGCAUGUCGGCUCCAUUGGAUAUCAUCAAGACACGAUGGCAAGUCAGUGCUUCGGAUCAAGGCAAGCAAUAUCGGAAAGGACCAUGGCAUAUUGCAAAACAUCUAUGGUUAUAUGAAGGACAAUGGAAAGGAUUGGCAAAAGGUUUAGGUGCUCGUGUUAUUUGGGCAAUCCCUACUACAGCAAUCUCCAUGACAGUAUUUGAAACGGUGAAGGAUUAUCGAUACCUGUUUUUUUGAACAUAUUUUGUAUUAUACUUCUUUUUUUUUUAAUAAAAGCCUUAUUUUUUUUUUUUUUU